UCGUCUCCUCGCGUUAUCGAUUCUCAAAGCCGUAAUUAGAUAGAAUCUCGAAGCCGUUCGUUAUCCCUUCUCCGCCUCUACUCGAUCGACGUCAGGGCGGUUCUCUCUGUUUCCUUCCCGAUUAAGACAAGAAAACAAAAAAUUUCCUCUACGCAGAUGAAGACGUCCAGGGUCGUUGAUGCUAUGUCCAGGAGCUCUGGUCCUUGUCACGCAUCUUCCCAACCUGACGCUCCAGCACCAAAAUGCUACCAUCUCGAUAUGCCUCAGCCUAUACCUAUCAAGUUCGCAUUCCUUCCCCUAGGGAUCACUAUCACCCGCAAGGUGUUUGAUAUUUUCAAGCUCACAGUGCAGUUUGUGUCUGUUUAUGGGAUGUAUUUUUGGAUGGCCCUGAAAAAGAGAGUGUGUGAUGACCUUCUGUUUGAGUUUUUUAAGCCAACUGACAGCAGGCACCGCGUUUACCUCAAUCUUGUUAUCGGGUAUUCAAGUGUGUUGGUACCUUCCAAAAAGCUGAUGAAUUACCAAAAGCUGAUCACGAAUUUUGAUGCUGCUAUGGGGGAAGUUCUUGAUGGUUUCUUCAAGCUUCUUGACCAAUUGCUUGAAAAGAAGGAAAAGGAGGACGGAGUGGAGAUGGCUAUGACUGAUUUGCAUGCCUUUGAGUAUUUUGCUAACAUGGAGGAGACCAUGUUGCUACCACCACCACCUGGACUCAUUCCAAAAUUGAUUAAACAAGUGACUGAUUUGCGGCCAUCGCAGCAAAACUAUCCAGAAACCACAAGUAAUGUGAAUGACGCAAGAGUCAAGAGCUCCGGUCCUUGCCAGCAAAAACUUACUCAGAAUGACGAUAAUGCUCAGGAUAUCCAACCUGACGCUCCAGCACCAAAAUGCUGCCAUCUCGAUAUGCCUCAGCCUCUACUUAUCAAGUUCGCAUUCCUUCCCCCACAGAUCACUGUCACCCGCAAGGAGUUUGAUGUUUUCAAGCUCACAUCGCAGUUUGUGUUUGUUUAUGGGAUGUAUUUUCGGAGGGCUCUAAAGAAGAGAGUGUGUGAGAACCCUCUGUUUGAGUUUUUUAAGCCAACUGAUAGCAGGCACAAUGUUUACCUCAAUCUUGUUAUCGGGUAUUCAAGUGUGUUGGUGCCUUCCAAAAAGCUCAUGACUUACCAAAAGCUGAUCACGAAUUUUGAUGCUGCUACUGGCGAAGUUCUUGAUGGUUUCUUCAAGUUUCUUGAUCAAGUGCCUGAAAAAGAGAAGGACGGAGUGGAGAUUGCUAUGACUGAUUUGCGCGCCUUUGAGUAUUUUGCUAACGUGGAGGAGACCGUGUUGCAGCCACCACCACCUGGAUUCCUUCCACUACUACAAAAGAAACGGGGACGAAGCCAACUGCAACACCUAAUCCUAUGCAUGGAAUGUCGUCUCCUCAUCCACCACUGUCUCUACGUAACUAACUUAGUAGUAGAUUAA